ACGAAUCACGCCUCCUAUCAGUGAGUGGGCUGUAAGUCAAAUUAGCUCUUCGUCAUCCUGCUCGCUGUGCACACCGGAGGCUACUGCGGUAAGAUGCGGCGGCGCACGAUGCCGAGCCGCGGCGGAUGAGAUGAUGCGCAAUGGCUGAACGAGUCGGGAAGAGAGAGCGAAAAAAAAGAGGCUGUGCUCUGAUUUAAACGAUGGGACAGGACUGAAUGGAUGUUCGAGCGAUUUGUAACGUUUGUGGUGCAGGCCGAGUAGAAAGAUGAGGCGGCGCUGAUUCCACUUUAGGAUGCUCCAGAGCCCGAGAGGAGGGGGAAUAGGCUUCGUCUGUAAACAAUAAGGAAGCAGAGGGGCAUUAAGUAAAGGACACUUAAUCCAGAGCCUGGACCUGAGACCCCGGGGGUUCGAAAAAGGGUGCUCUGUGACAGCUGAGUCAGUCCUCAGUGAGGAGAGGCCAGUGAACGGGGAGGGCGGCGAAGCUCUGGAGACAGCGUCACUGAGCGUCAGCCUGGAAGAAAACAAACUUCUCAUUUCCCUUGCUCUCAUCAGCACUGACAGCUGGACAUCACACCUGCAUGUUUCUCUUCUUCAUCAGGAGACUUUCUAAGUUGAGGAGUUAUAGAUGCAAACAGUGGCAGGUCGCCCGUCAGAAAAACAACUGAUUCUGUCUUCAGAUGCAGUCAGAAUAAUCUGCUAAGAUAUGAGAUUACAAGGAGAUUCAUCUCCCUCCGGCCAUGUUAGGAAACAUCGUCUUCGGUACCACUGUCAGAAUUAAUCAGUGAGAAAUUUGUUUUAGCUGUUUCAUAGUGCCUAGUGAUGUUUUUCUAAAUCAUGAUCUUUUUACCUUUGAGCUGUCAGGCUGUGAAUCAAGAAUAGAUUCUUGAUUGUGGCAGCGCUCCCUCUCACAAAUGAGAAUUGAACUUGAGCCGACAGGCUGCAUUUUAAUAAAGGAUAAGCAAAAACCAACCAAUAAAACAUAGAUGAGGCCCACAACAAGCACUAUGCUCCAGCAGAAUAACAACAACAACUACCCGUGCCUGAGCAUGUCAGGCUCUAGCCGGGAGAUGCUACAGAAAUGCUCCAGAGCCUCUCUGCCCUUCCCCAGCCGACUGGAGCUGGGACUGGCAGAUCUGCCGCUCAUUCGGGGUCUCCGAGCCUGGGCCCUGUGUUCCAGGAAUCGCCACAAGACUGCUAAUCUGCUGGGAGGAGGACAAGCACCCACAGCUCCUCCUGCAGGUCGAGGAAGUUCAGCGUCCUGCCCCAGGCCUGCAGAUGUUUGCCUGAGUGGUGAGUGGGGUCGCAUGGGAUAUGGGCUUCCGCUGGGGGUGGACAGUAGGCAGGCUGGAAUCGGAGCUUUGGUAACAGUUGCCACUCUGAAGACCUCAGAGGGCAGCGGGAAGACUCAGACUCAGUGUUUGUUCCUCCGGACUGAGAAAGGAAGCUGUUUGUAUUCAGCAGCUAAGCCCAACUCUGGAGUGACAACCAGUGCAGCAUCCAGUGUGGUCGGAGGAUGGCUGAGAGGAAAGACUGGAGUAGGAGGAGGACGCAGAGACACUCCAGCUGGGCCAACUCCACCGGCACAGACUGGAGCAAACCGGGUUAGGGUGCGAUCGGGGCGGAGAUGGAGGAAGUCUGGCAAUGCAGCGUGCCGGGAGAAAACAGGCGUGAGCAGAGAGAGGCAGCAGAGGAGCAGGGAAGUUCCUGCUGGUGAAAUCGCUGUGGAAGAAAGGCAGGAAGAGCAAGACAAAGGAGGCCCGGACUGUAAACAGUUUCCCACCCCACAGCAGGACAGCCGGCGAGCCAGAUGCAGCCACAGCGUUUCUCCUAAAUCCUGCGUCCAGUGUGGAAGGAGAGCACAGAGGAGGAAAAGCCAGGAUGGACACGAGGGAGGCAUCCCGAACAGGCUGAACAGUGAGGUGACGGGAAUGAGGAAGGAAAGGCAAAAGAAUGAAGAGGAGGAUAAGGGAGGCCUCGGCAAGUCAGAGUCUUCCAGCUCUGUUUUGACUGAACUAAACCCUGACCUAGAAUCUACCCGUUCUUACAGUGACUCCCACGACAGCUGCGAUGUGGGAGAAACUGAGAGCAGCGAGGGGCAGAAGACACAAGCUUCUCAGAGCAAGGAUGGCUAUUCAGAGGAACAAGGGGACAGAUACACUGAAGGAAAUAUCGUCACCCAUGGACAUUCUGGGUUGACUGAUAAUUUAAGACAUAAGACCAGCGUUACUGAGAGAAAACCAAGUGAAUGUCCCCGUGAAGAAGAAGAAGGGGCUAAUGUAAACGGAUUUUCUGAUCUCGAUGAAGCAGGUGAAGAAUCAGAGAAAAGGGCUGAGUGUGCAGAUGUUAAAGAUGAAAAGGAGAACAUCAGCGAGGCUCUUGAUGAAUUCUCCAGCUGGUGUGCAGUCUUUACGCCUGCCUCCAGCAGCACUGCAGUCUCCCUCACUUUUAACAAGUCAGCCGCACCCAUAGAGGGCAGCGUCUGCAGUGCUGACCGUGAAACUUGUUGGGUUCAGGCUGAGCAGGAGAAUCACGUUGAGGGGUAUCAGCAAGAGGAAGAAAACUCUGAGGUAGAAGAACAGGCCAAUGAGAAAACCACUGUGAAUGAGGUAUUACAUAAUAAACCUCAAUCUGUGUUUAAAAAUGAGGAGGAAGUGUUACCUUCACCCCUCACAGAUGGAGAUCAUUCCAUCUCUGAGUCAGGCGAGAGGAUUGUGGCAGACAAGAGCAGCAAAUGUGGGACGAAAGAUGAGCUGGAGUCAGAAGAAGGAAAUUUAGAAGAGAGCCUCAAUCCUGAACAUGGAGACGGAGCUGGGGAAAUUCGGAAGUCUGAUGAAUGUAAAGGAGAAGUCACACUCAAAGAUAGUUAUGAAGGGACAGAGAUAAACCGUGCUUCAGAGGAAGACUGGAGGUUACAGGAGGUUGAAGAUGAACACAGGAAGUGGGAGGAGGAGGAUGGAUACACCUGUGCACAAACAAGCAAUGCCCCUGUUGAACCAAGUGGAGAGACUAACAUCACUAACACUGCCUGCACCAAUCUCCCCACCUCCCCUGCGCUCUCCCAGGCUAAUCCUGCCCCUUCCCUGCCCACCCUGGGAUCCAUGGCAACCGGCCUGCCCUGUCAGGAGAGGGAGGAGGAGGAGGAGGAGGCAGUCAGUGCAACAGCAGGAGACAGAGAAGGAGGCCAAGAAGGGAAGAGAAGAGAGCUGGAGGAGCAGGGUGAGGUGGAGAGUGGCUCCACCGUGGCCACUGACGAAGGGAGGAAGGAGGAGGAGGAAGAUGAGUUUGGAGUGUUCAUGCAGGCGGAGGGAGAGCCAGCCUGGAGCGAGGAGUUCACCAUGUCUGCCUCAGUGCCUUGUGGGAGCAGAGAGAGUGUUGCACUUGGGAAGCAUGCUAUCACCAGUGAGUCGACCCUCUGGACGCCAGGCAAGACGGACAGCUCGUUCCACCAGUCAGGCGACACCUGGACAGCCUUCCCUCAGGAUUCAUCAGAUGAAGGUGGAGACGUUGUGGAGCAGUGGUGGCCAGCCAGUGCUGUGGAGGAGAGGAGAGACAGACUCUCAGCCAAUCAGAACCUGGCGGCUGUCUUUGCUGAAGCCUUCCCCUCAUUUACUGGUUCAUCCUCAAGUGACUCCUGUGACCUCAGUACUGUUCCCACACUGAGCCAGCUCCUCAGAGGCGGAGCAACCCACGACCAGGGGCUGUUGGACAAUUUCCACGACUUGAACAAAAUGAUCGGCCAGAGAUACAAGAGAGCCAACGGCGUGUCUCGUAACCUGCUGCUGAAGACUUUACACCUGGAGCAGCCGCACACUGAAAGCAGACCUGCUUCCUCGACAGCAAACUGCCGCCUCUCCCCUGGCCUCCCCUCAGCCAAUCAGCAUGCUCAACAUGCCGCUGCUAAGCGACGGCUGUCCUAUGACUUCAACAGGAACAUCAUGGAGUAACUCUGUGGACCUCAGCUCUGGUUUGGCUGUCAGCAUCCACAAUGAAGGACUCCAGGUUUUAACAUGUUUCCCGAGGCUCCGGAUUCACA